UUUGUCUUUUUUUUUUUUUUUUUGUAUUUCGAGUAUGGGUGCUUCACAGUCUACAGUAAAAGAACCUGUUAUUUUCUAUAAUCCCAAUGUUCCUCUUCAGUUCUCUCAUAGUUUAGUCGGGUCGAUUGAGAAGAAGGCUGAACAAACAGCCGAAAAGAUGGAAGCGCGUCAUGUCGAAUCAGUUGUGCGUCAACGUGUUGCUGAAGAAUUAGAAAAGAUACAACAAACACAAGCAGAAUUAAAAGAAUCUAUUUAUGUUGACUUGACUCAAACCAAGGCUGAAAAAGAAGUGGAAAGUGAGCCUAUUACUCAAAUGAUUUCCAGACCCAUGGCCAAACAGGUGCCUGAAAAUAUCAAGAAAUACCAAGACGAAUUGAUGGCUUGUUACAAUCAAAACAAGGACAAAUCACUCAAUUGCUGGAAGCAAGUAGCUGAUUUCAAACAAGCAGUUGUUGAAGAACAAACUAAGCUUGUUUCUUCAAUGUAACAUAAUAAUAAACAUCCAUGUUAUCAGGACAACAAAAAAAGACAGUCGUUCAUGUGGCUUGUUCAAACUAUAAAAAGACGAGUUAAAUUCAGAAAUUGUUUUUUUUCUUUGCAUUUAACACCUACCUCUAUCCUG